AUGCUUAGAUUGGGACUGCCCACAGUGAGAACGGCCAGAUGCCGUUUUUUCGCGACCUCCAAGCUGCCUUUGUCGGCAAAAAUAGCUGCUUUGUUGGCCAAGACAUCGCCGGAACAAAUAUACUUGUACAAGCCUUCCCGACUGAUGAAAGUGGGUUCCUGGACUCUUGCAGGCGUGUUUGCAGUGUACGGAGUCUCUUUCGCGGACUGGUCGCUUACCAGCUCUUGGGAGCUCUACCGGGAGGAGCGCUUAACGUCACCCGAAAAAUGGUGGAAACACUCAUCGUUGCUGCUCAGUGUCCGAAUCGCAGGCUCGAUUUUGCUGUCAAUCAUUCCACUCACUCUGUCUGCGUUGGCCAUAUAUGUGCCGUCCAGAAUAGCGACUAGCGUCACGUAUCUGCCCAAAGGCGUUUGCCAGAUCACUCGUCGUGCUUUGAUCUCUGGAAAGCCCACUUCAACGUCAGCGCCCGUGAGCUCAAUCGUCCGCAACAAGAAGACCAGAGUCUUCACCGGUGUGGGCCCUCAAGGCACAGAAGACAAAGCGUCAUUUGCUUUUCUACUCACAAACACUGAUAGACCUACGUGGGACCGCUUCUAUGUGGUGAACCGGUCGGGCAAGUUUUGGGGCGAAGAUGGUCGGAUCUUUGAUGUGCUAUUCGGAGGCGAAUCAGUGAAAAGCCUGGAGCGUAACAUGGUCAACAUGAACGUCACACCUGCGGCGGAUCACGAUCCCAGCCAUAUGACCAAACUGAUAGAACAACAGUCUAGAUCGAAGUUACGGAAUCCGUCCAUCAAUGCCAGGUCCAUAGUGAUGAAAGACAAGAAAUAA